UAGCUCUUGUUUGGGUGGAGACGAUCUUCUUGGCUUAAAGAUAACAGGAAAUGAUGCGAACGUCACGGUCAGAGAUAUAAUCGUUGGGAGAACAAGUGGUGCAUUUUUUGGGAAAGUCCUUAGUUUUUACGUGGAGAAUGAAACCUAUUUUGUGGAGUUGAUGCCACUAGUUUCAGUAAAAGAUGGAAAUAUCAAGGAACAAUUCAAUAUCAGUGCUACCAGUCCUCGUCGGCGAAAAAGGGCGGAAUAUGACUUCACAGGGAAAGGGAAUUUUAAGAAAGAAAAACAUGAACGAUUCGGUGAACAUCUUAAACUGAGUGCAAGCGUCGAGUUUAAUGCUGCAGUGAAAAUCAGUCUUCGCACUUUUUUUUUUCUGAUUAAGUCAGUCGGGGUCACCUUUUCUGGUGAUAUGAAAUUAAGCCUGAACGCUAAUUUCGAUCCAUCAGUCAGGUUUUCAAAAACGUGGAGCAGAAAACUGAUCGACAGCAAGGAAGUUGGCCGCUUCUGUAUACCUUUAGGCCUAGUGCGUGUACCCGGAGUGUUUAGAUUGGAUAUUGGAAUUUCUGCAACUGCUUCCGCUUCGGCUUCCGCUUCGUUAUCCGCAAGUUUGCAAUCUGAAUAUUCAAUAUCAGCAGGCGGUGAAUGGAGUGGAGGGAAUGAUGUUCGGCCUAAAUCUGAUAAGGGAGGGUCAACGCAACCGUCGUUUGAAGCACGCAUAAAAAAAGCAUCAGCGUCCGUCUCAGCAUCUCUUACACCAACUUUUGAAGUCCACUGGCCAUCGGUGACCUCAAAACCGUUCCAGGCGGCAGGAUGGCUUCUUCGCACAAUUUUAGGUAGUAAAAAAGGCUCGACUCUUCCAUCGCUCCUCGUCUUCAAAUUAACAGCACCAAUCACUGCAUCGGUGGAUGCAAAAUUCUGUACCGAAAAAUGUCCUUACGCGGGCCGAAACGUUGAAGCUAACUUCCGUGGAGGAUUGCCCACAGUCUCCGGGUCUCUAACCAUCAACAUUGGACCAUUUAAUAAAAAUUGGAAAAUUUUUGAAAUUUCUGUGUACGAAUCCGUUAAAAGUGAUUGUUUCUCUACCGGUUGGGCUAAAGUGCCAUGUUGCAUUAAAAAUGGCAAACCUGGCAGGAUUGAUCCAAAAACUAAAGACUGCGAAGAGGAAUGUGACUCCAUUCCAGGCGAUUCAUCAUCACCCAAAGGUGUAAAGAUGCCAGAUGGUUCUUGCAACUGUGAAAUGUGUCCUGAUAAUUCCGUGAAACGAAAAAGAAGUGGCAACAAACCAGGAUGUCCAUGUUUGUGCAAAGAUAACACCGAAAAAGAAAUGAAUUUCGAUGGCUCCUGCCCGUGUUCGUGUCCGUGCGAAGACGGCACCAAAGACACGAUUGCCAGGGAUGGUUCCUGUCCAUGUAAAUGCUCGUGUAAAGGAUUUCAGGAGUCUACUCGUGGGCCGUUUGGUUGCAAAUGUGAGGAAAAGUGCCCAGUAUGCGAGGACGGAGAGGAGCCAGUGUGGAUAGAUGAAAAAUGUAAAUGCAGAAAAAAAUUCAACUGCGGUGUUCCACCAGUGUGCGUCACUGGUCGAAGAGGACCAAAUUGUCAGCAACCUGACUGUUGGCCAUGCCAAGGAUGUUCGGGAAAUGGCGUUUGUGGGACUGACUCAUCUUGUCAGUCAAGUUGUUCGUGUCGAAGGCGUUGGCAAGGUCGAUGCUGCGAAAGACUUAGGCCCGUUCGAUUCUGGGGAGAUCCCCAUUUACAAACUCUUGAUGGAGUCGAGUUCGACUAUUUUGAUAUUGGAGAAUUCUGGAAUUGCAAAAGUAUCAAAAAUGACUUCGGAAUGCAAAUACGAUUCUUUGGUUAUAAAGGAGCUUCUCUGACUGGAGCAGUUGCUCUUAAAGUGGCUGAGAACGUCGUUACCAUAACAACACUACCAGUUUCCACACCCCGCGACUCACCAAUGCUAAGAAUCAAUGGUGCCUUGCAGAAUUUCUCUGGAAAUGAUGCACAACUAUUAUUUGCAAACGAUUCCAUAAAACUUAAUAUUUUGAAUCCGGAAAAUAGAACUGAGAGCAAUGGAGUGCAGGCUACAAUCAUGGCGUUUCAAUAUAAAUCUGGAGUCACGGUGUCUGUUGAGGCGGAAUACAGCCCAGUAAUGUCUCGUCAUUAUCUUAACGUUAAUUUUAUACCAAACGCUGACUUCACCAAAGCCACUGAAGGUCUAUGUGGAUUCAUGGACGAUGAUGAAACCAAUGAUUUGAUUGGUUCAAAUGGUGAACAGUAUACAUAUAAUGACACCGUUCAAUUUGCUGAUUCAUGGCGAAUAACAGCGACUCAUAAUGGAUCAGGUCUAGUGAACAGUUGGAACUGGAAUUCUUCAAAUUUCCAUGCUGAAGAUGUAAUGGAUUCAUCGUAUACAAGUGAAGGACAUAAACCCCUGUAUACUUUAGAUGACUUCCCGGAAAACCAAGUAGAAGAAGCAAAAGGUGUUUGCAGUAGAAAUGGUUUGGAAAAUGCUCUCUUGAAUAAUUGUAUUUUCGACAUCUUGAUGACAAACGACACUUCAUUCGCAGACCAACAGUCUUUGAAAAUUGGUUGCCCUAAUGACUGCACAGGAAAAGGUCUUUGCAAGAAUGCCACGUGCUCAUGUCUUGAAGGUUGGUCAGGUGAUGAUUGUACUAUUGGCAGCUGUGGAAACUGCUCACGUGGUUCGUGUGUUGAGGGAUUCUGCAAAUGUGACAUUGGUUGGGAAGGUGCUGAAUGUGAUAAGAAAGCGACAUGUUUUGCUGUUGAUAACUGCACUUCAGAAGUUCAUGGAAUAUGUAAGACAACAGAUAUUUGCGAAUGCAACGUAGGUUUUACAGGUUCAAAUUGCGCUACCAUCGCAAACUGCAACAACGUCCUCAAUUGUUCUUUAAAUGGCGUUUGUAUCGGAAUUGACGAAUGUAAAUGUGACACUGGAUACAGUGGAGCUUCAUGUAAUGUAACUUCAUGUGAAUCUCUAGGCUAUUGCUCAGGAAAUGGACGUUGUAUUGCAUUUGAUACUUGUGAAUGCGUGAGUGGCUGGUCUGGACCUAGUUGUUCCAUCCCUGACUGUAAGGCAGUGAAUCAAUGUUCUAAGAAAGGCGAGUGUGUUGGACCUAAUUAUUGUAACUGUUUUGGAGGAUAUCAAGGAGCUGAUUGUAGUAUUUUCUUGGACUGCUCGCAUUUAAGCAACUGUACUGAUAAUGGUGUAUGCAUCUUUAAUAAUGACGUGACUGGAGAUACAAAUAUUUGCAGUUGCUUUUUGGGCUUUGUUGGAUCCAACUGCAGUCAAUAUGAUUGCUCUGACGUCAACGACUGUUCUGGAAAUGGCACGUGCGUGGAACCAAAUCUGUGCUCGUGCAACACGGGCUAUGAAGGGAAGAUGUGCCUGGAUUUCUCAUGUCAAUUACGAAGUCGUUGCUCUGGAAAUGGGAUUUGCAUGGGUUUUGAAGAGUGUCAAUGCAAUGAUAACUGGAUUGGCUUAUCGUGUGAAACACCGACGUGUUAUGAUAUGAACAACUGUUCAUCCAAUGGACAAUGCGUAUCUCCGAAUAAAUGUGAAUGUUUUGAACAGUAUGACGGCGAAAACUGUACUGAAGAAGUGUCAAAAAAUCUCAAUGCCCCUACAUUCACAAACGAGUCAUAUUUUGCCGCCGUAUCUGAGAACCGAGGAAAAGGUUUUGUUGUAUUGAGCGUAUAUGCAAAUGAUACUGACCAUGGACGCAGCGGGGAAGUUUCAUACAUUAUCGAAGACGCAAGCCUUGCGAGCUUCUUUAUGGUUAACCAAGACAGCGGUGAAAUCUCAGUAUUUGCUGACGAUGUUUUAGAUUACGAGACCCUUUCUCAAAAACAAUUUACAUUUACGGUCACUGCUACAGAUAAUGGUGUUCCUUCUCGAAGUUCGGAGGCAACAGUUACGAUAACCGUCCAAGAUGAAAAUGAUAAUUGUCCAGUAAUUGGUACUUUACCUGGAAAAUACAAAUUGCCGGUCGAUAUUCUGGCGAGUGAUGCGGACUACGGAAAUAAUGGACAAAUUCAAUAUUCCAUCACAGAGGAGUCAGACCCCGACAGAAAUUUCUUCAUUACUUCACAUGGAAGAAUUUUUCCGAAUAGUACUCUUGAACCUGGUGAAUACUCGUUAACAGUUGUAGCUCAAGACGGUGGUGUGGUGCCAUGUGCUCGUGAAGUAACUUUGACUGUCGUUAUUGAUCACAUUGUUUCAGUUGUAGUCUUUCCAACCUCAACGUCGGCGUUCGAAUCAAAUUCAACAGCUUAUCAGCAGACACCAUCACUUCAAACACCUAGCAAGACGGCGCAAAUACCUUCGACUAGUUCCAUUGCUGAUGUACAAUCUAGCUCACAUUUUAUUACUUCGACUAGGAUGAAACAAUCGUCGACGCUACUAACGACAAGCAUUGUAGCUGGCCAUUCAUCAUCAGAAAUUAAAUCAAGUCCUACAAAUUACCAGCCGACACAGUCUCUCCCAGCAACUAGCGAAUUUGCGCAAACAUCCUCACCACCGAUAGUCAGAGAAACAUUGAAACAAGGACUUGAAUCAAGUAGCGUGGUUGCAAAGUCGUCAUCAUUAUUAUCAACAAGUAUCAUUGUUGCAAAAGUACCAUCACCAUCAUCUCAAACGAGUGCCAUGACUCAAGAAUCAUCGUCGUUAUUUCAAACUGCAAGUCUCACCACUUCACUUCCAAGAAGUAUUAUGUAUCAUGCAUCAUCUGGGAAAUUAGAAAUCGCCUCUCAUAUGCAACCGUCUCCCACUAGCAAAAUUGUCAGUACAGUGACAUCAACGCAACUCACCCCAACAAAAAGAAUUGUCACCCUUCGAGCAAGGCUUCUUAACUAUGUAUUUGUUGCGAGCUAUCGAGAUAAAAAUAGCAGCGAUUAUAAAAACCUUAGAGGUGUUGUAGAGAAGGCCAUGAUAAACAUCUUUGAAAAAAUGACUGGGUUUUUGAGGAUAUCCGACGUUGAUUUCGAUGAAGGAAGUGUAAUUGCCAAUAUCCAAACUGAGUUUUCCUCGGAAAAUAAGCAAGUCAGUUCAAGUAGUCUUGCCAGGGCAGUGGCGGAUGCCAGUGAUGACAAGGGCAAUUUGGACAAAUUACAUUUUGAUAAAUCCUUUUUAGAGCAGCAAAUUGUCUCAACGACACCUAAGGCUACGGUUGCAACUACAAGCAAAGACGAAGAACGUGAGGGGGAUAAGAAUGCCAUAAUUGGUGCAACCGCUGCCAUUGGAGGAGCAGGAUUCAUUUGUCUCGUCUUGAUUCUUUUCUUUGUCUGUUAUUUCAAGAAGAGAAGGAACGAGAAUAAAAUUUCAGAGGAACGUCCUGUUCGCAUAGAACUAAAUGAUGCCAGCUCUUACGUGAAUCAUCAUUGUGAUGCCUAGUAUGAAGAGUAUAGCACGACAUAUUUUGGAUAUAUGACCUUGCAGUAUAAUUAUCCUUAUCCUAUAAAAUCACAUUCUUGAAUAAGAAAUAGAAUGAACGUAAUUUUUUUUAAAUCUUUUAGCAAUAUGUAUAUGUAUAUGUAUUUCAUGCACUAUAAGCAUGUAUCCAAACAUAAUCCAAUUUCUUGC